CAAGCAUUUCGUGUGACAUCCGACUAAAAUUUCAUAAUUUAAUUAAAUUGCGAGUAAAAUACAGAAAAUAAUCAUUUAAAGUUAGCAAGCGAUCAAAGACAAUGUUUGGCGGUUCAAAACCAACUUUUGGUCAGCCAGCAUCAACUGGAUUCGGCUUUGGAAGUACCGCGAAUACGACAACUCCAUUUGGCGGUCAAUCGACGGGCUUUGGACAAACUUCAGCAUUCGGGCAACCUGCAAAUAACAGUUUGUUCGGCAGUAAUACGCAAACGCAAGGCACGGGAUUGUUUGGAGCAAGCACUUCGACAGCUUUCGGUCAACCGAAUCAACAGCAAGGGACGCAACAAACGGCUUUCGGAGGUUUUGGAACGCCUCAAACACAAACUCAGCAACAAUCCUCGUUGUUUGGAGGAGCAACGACGCAACCAGCGAACACGUCGUUGUUCGGAGCUUCAAAUACGGCAUUCGGGCAAGCUGCGAAACCCACGGGAUUCGGAGGUUUUGGACAACCCGCGCAACAAAAUACUUCGUUAUUUGGGCAAGCAAGCACAAGUACAGCGGGAACGACAGGAUUUUUCGGGCAACAAGCUCAAAGCGGCGGAAUGUUUGGAGCAACAGCAACUCCUGCUCCGGCAUUCGGAAUGACAACGCAAGAAAAUGCGGGAACGGGAAUCGUAAAGUACAAUCUCACGCUGGAUUCUGACACGAUUCUCGUCAAGGGAAAUCAAACGAAUGUCAGCACGAAACAACAUUGCAUCACGUUCAUGAAAGAAUACCAAAACAAGUCGUUGGAAGAGUUGCGUCUCGAAGAUUACAUGGCAAAUCGCAAAGGACCUCAAGCAGGCGCCGCAACUGGAGGUUUAUUUGGAUCUCCGCAACAAACGGGAGGCAUGUUCGGAAGUACACAACCUUCGACGGGACUCUUUGGACAAACAUCAACGGCGCCAGCGACAGGCGGAUUGUUCGGAAGCACGACAAAUACCAUUGGGGGCUUCGGACAAACGAAUAACGCUUUUGGAGCAACAAGUCAGCAAAACAAUAGUCUCUUCAACAAACCAUUUGGGCAAACGACAACAACUCAAACGGGAUUCGGAGGCUUUGGAACGAGUUCAGCAGCAACUGCAACGCCUUUCGGACAAGCAAAACCCUUAUUUGGAACGUCAGGCGCUACAACGGGAGGUCUUUUUGGUCAAACAUCAUCAACUUUUGGACAACCAGCUCAAACAACAACAGGCUUUGGUACAACUCCAUUCGGGCAAGCUCAAACUCAGCAACAGCAGCCUGCACAGCAAACAUCUUUGUUUGGAUCGACACAACCGCAAACAUCCGCUUUUGGCUCCAACACAAAUACAGGCUUUGGAGGCUUCGGCACAAAUACAAGUCAAGCAUCGACGGGAAUUUUUGGAAAACCCGCGACAACUGGAUUUGGCGCGCAACCUGCUACGGGAUUUGGGACAGCAGCAAGUACAGCUCCAACUCUCGGCGGUUUCGGACAACCUGCGCAAGGAGGAUUGUUCGGAAAUUCUCUGAAUAAACCUGCGACAGGAUUUACGGGUUUUGGACAACCUCAAACUUCGGUAGCGCCUCUCGGAACGACAGGAUUUGGUCAAGGAACGUCAUUAUUUGGGCAAAAUAAUCAACAAAAGCCCGGAGGAUUCUUCGGAAGUAACACGACGAAUCAAUCAACAGGCUUAUUUGGCAACACAUCGACGGGAUUUGGCACGGGAAGUGCUUUGGGAGGCAGUACAUUGGGCGGAUUUGGCUUGAAUUCAUCGUUAGGAGGCUUGGGACAAAAUAACACGUCAUUUGGCGCACAGCAACAACAAUCUCAGCCGAUUCAUCAGCAAAUUCUGCAAAUGGCAACGAGCCCAUAUGGCGACAAUCCCAUAUAUAAAGACCUCAAACCGAGCAGUACGACGUCAGAUGAAGCACUAAAAGUGACAAAUCCUGCGGCACAAAAAGCCAUGUUAGAAUCCCUUUCAAACAAGUAUAAAGUUUCGCCAGCAAUAACGAAUGCCGUGAAAAUCAAGCCUGUCGGGCAAUUGAGCAAGAAAAGUUUGUUCGACGGAUUGGAAGAAUAUGAUGCAAGUCUCGCGGAAAGUUUCACGCUGAAACCAAAUGCGAAACGAUUGAUCAUCAAACCGAAAGGAAGUCCCGCAGCGAAGCCUUUGCAAGAAUCAAACAACGUUUCUUUAGACGAUUCGUUGCGUUUACGUUCGAAUGUUGUCUCGAACGUGUCGAGCAGCGAAAAAAUCGCAAAACCCGCAAAUCUCGAUACAAGCGAAAAAUUCGACAAUGUAAUUCCAACAGUUGCUCAACCUCCUGUCGAUAACGGGCGUCGUGUUUCAUGGCUCCAAACCGUACAAUUCGACAAAGCACGAGAACCAGAUACGGCAAUGGAAACAACAUUGCGUGAAUUAGUGACUGGAGGCACGGAGAAAAAAGGCGCAACUCCAUUUUCGCCAACAACAGCGUCGCAAACAAAGUCUGUCGAUGACUCGGAUUUGUCAGUUGGAGCUCAAACUCCGAACCAAAGUAUUCUUUCGACGAGUCAAUCGCCUCCCGUUGAUUCGGAAAAGCCUCCGCAUCCAACGGGCAUCGUUCUCACACGUCAAGGUUACUACACAAUCCCGAGUUUGGAUGAUUUGUUGGCAAUUAUGGAUGAUCAAGGACGAUGCGUUGUCAACAAUUUCACAAUUGGUCGACGAGGCUAUGGAAAUGUCUAUUUCAACGAAAGUUUCGACGUUGCCGGAUUGAAUUUGGAUGAAAUUGUCCAUUUCCGUCACAAAGAAAUUAUUGUCUAUCCGGAUGAUGAAAAUAAACCUCCUGUGGGUCAAGGCCUGAAUAGAAAGGCGCAAGUAACACUCGAUCAAGUAUGGCCUCAGGAUAAAACGUUGCAUGAACCGAUAAAAGAUCCCGAACGCCUUCAAGCUAUGAAUUUCGAGGGAAAAUUGCGACGCGUUUGUGACAAAUCUGAUACUCGCUUCUUGGAAUAUCGACCUGACACCGGGUCUUGGGUCUUUAAAGUCGAUCAUUUUUCGAAAUAUGGUUUGACAGAUAGUGACGAAGAAGAUUCGGCGCCUACAGAUCCGAAACAACUCAAAUUAACAGCGGAAGCAAUGAAAGCGGAUAAGGAUAAAAACGGAAAUUUGAACAAAGAAACGGAAAAUGUUGGAAAACUCGGCGGAAUUCAACAAAAAGCACUUCUUUCUUCGAUUUACGAGAUGGAUCAACGAAAACUCGGCGGUUUUAUAGCUGAUCAAGAUUUCACUUUGGAUUACAUGGAUACGACAAAUCACAAUAAGAGCGAUUUUUUGAGUCAAACUAAUCCAAUGGGGAUUGAAAUGAACAAUCCGCACAAAUUGCAACUCAUGAAAGCCUCCUUUUUCGCAGAUGAUGAAUAUGAUGGGCGUUCUGUUGUCUCUGAUACAUCCGAAAGUUGCGGAUCUGCUGAUCAGAUCGUGCCAAAUCGCGGUUAUGGUCGAAGUGCGAGAAAUUAUUUGUCAUCCGGAGCGCUCAGUAGUGUCAGUGAAGACCCUCAAAUGGAUGAUGACAUCUUAACAUCUGUUGGAAGUAUGAAAUCGAGUGUUCCGAGUGAACAACAGCAACAAAUUGUGCAAAUGGAAACGAGUUUUCAGAUGCCUGAAGGUCCAAAAUCCCUUCCGCUCAUCAUUAAGCCCAAAAUUUAUUAUGAAACGGGCGUUGAUAUGGCAAUCCCAUUGCAUAAUAGUUUCUUAUCGACACUCAAAAGUACUAAAAUCGAUCCGAUAUUCUUCAAUGGGAGACGUUUUAAGAUCGGAUGGGGUCCUUACAGCACAUUACAACUUCCGCAAUCAUCUGAACUCGUGGAUGACAAAAAAGUGCACAUUUCAAAACAUUGUUAUGGUCGACGUGAUUCCGAUUAUUCAAGAAGUUUCAUAAAUCGCAUCCAAUUUCCAAGCAACGAUAGGAUUGAACACUUUUCCGAAUCGAUUGUUCCUCAUUUGGAGAUCGAAUUGCAGUAUGACGCCAUAAAACGAGAUCCCGAUAUGGAAUGUCCUUAUUUUUCAUCGAAUGGAGGCUUAAAAGCGCUUGCUGAACAUGAAGAACUCGCAAAAACUUUGGGUCAUUUAACAAAUUUGGAUUCUUACGCUGCUUCAGUUUGGUCUUUGUGUGCUGCUUUGUGGGGCGAACGUGAAGAACUCGAAGGACAAGACGAGUUAAGUCACAAUGUUGUCAUGUUUCGACGUGAUAUGUUCUCCGAAUGGUUAGAAGAUGUCAUUACGGAUGCUGAUUUGCUCACAAUUAAACAUAAAAACUCGUAUAUGGAUCAAAUGCUCGAUUUGUUGUUCUGUCACAAAGUAGCUGAUGCUUGUGAAGUUGCCAUUUCCAACGGGGAUUAUAAUUUAUCUUUGUUAUUGUCACAACUUUCGGGCGGAUCAGCAGUUAAACAACUCAUGAACCAUCAAUUGGCGUUAUGGCAAGAUGUAGAAGCUGACAAAUAUAUCGAGGAGAAACGUUUGAGGGCAUGUAUGAUAGUUGCGGGUCUUCCGAUAUUCGAGUCAAAUCAAGGAGUCAUCAAUAUUUACGACGAUAUGGAUUGGAUCAAGGCUUUGGCAUACCAUUUGUGGUAUAUUUCGUCGCCAACGUCAUCGAUAACGGAUGCAUUGUACGCUUAUGAGGAUACAUUGGAGAAGACAGACAUCGAAAAGAUCAAACCGAAACCAAUUUACACAGAUAAAUAUGAAACGCGUACGGAAAAACCUUUGAAGGACUUGAGACAUCAUAUUUUGCAUCUAUUUUCCAAGAAAUCACAUCCAAUGGAAACACUUUUGAACCCAGCAACUCACACUUUGGAUCCCAUGGACUUCCGUUUAAGUUGGCUUUUGCUCCAAACCUUCGAAUCUAUCGGAUAUCGACACACAAGUGAAGUUACUCGAUCCCAAAUUCACAUGUCCUUUGCCAAUCAACUCGAAAAUUACGGUUUAUGGCAAUGGGCAAUUUACGUAUUACUUCACAUCAAUGAACGAAGUCGACGUGAAGCUGCUAUCAAAAGUCUUCUUGUGCGUCACAUUCAGUUCAAACAUGAUCCGGAUUACAUCAAAUUAGAAAAUUUCAUUGUCGAUCGUUUGGGAAUUCCUGAAACGUGGAUUUAUUUCGCGAAAGCUGUACGUGCUGGAAGUCACGGAUUCCGCGAUGAUCAAGCAAAGUUCCUUUUGCAUGCGAAAGAAUGGUCGAUGGCACAUGAAGUCAUCAUGACACAUAUUGCUCCAAAUGCAAUUUCGAUUUUUACUAAAAAUUUUAUUACAGAUAAAAUCCCGUAUCUGAAAAUGCUUUUGAAAGAAUUCAAAGAUCACCGUAAAGUAUCAAAUUGGACAACGCAGGGAAAAAUUCUGCUCGACUUCAUUGAAAUUAAUGAAACUAGGAUGAAUUUGAGCAAACCCUCGAAGAGCUCAAAGUAA